UAUUUCUCCAGCCCUGGAAAAUUUUGACAGCUGCUAUUCUUCCCGAUUUGUGAACAUUUUUGGAUUAUUCUGAUGUCGUAAGGGAUGCUGAACAGGCCAGAAAGAAGAAGGCAGAACACUGGGAUGAUCAAGCCCUAACCCUGUGACCUCUGAACCCCCUUUACCUAGAGAAGAUGACCUGGGGACCCCUUGAGUACGCACAACCCGAGCGCAGAUGAGUGUUGCGUAGGUCAUCAAUGCACUUGCUCCUCGUUGGAGUGUGACAAGAGAGUCACUUUAGAGUUGAGGACGACGAUUCCCGAUAUCAGCGAGUUGUGACAGAGCGGAGGACAUCGAGUAGUAACGAUGGUGCUCGAAUCCAUUGUUGCCGGUCUACUGAACAAGUACCUGGGCAAAUAUGUGCAGAAUCUGGACAGCCAUAACCUCAACCUCGGCAUAUUCAGCGGACGUUUGGAGCUGCAGGAUCUUCAACUCAAACCAGAAGCCCUGCAUGAGCUCAAUCUACCUAUCGAACUCAAGGCAGGUCAUAUCGGGCGUGUUAUCGCAGACAUAUCCUGGACGUCCCUGUUCUCCGAUCCACUUGAGGUGAACAUCGAAGAUGUCUUGAUUCUUGCGGGACCGAUCUAUGACAGACCCUACGAUGAGGCCCAGGAGAAGCUGCUGCAGAAUGCCAUCAAGAAGAAACUCCUGGAGGAUCUGGAACGAUCCAAGAAGAGAAAGAAGUCAAAGAGUAAAGAAGAAGAGAUUGAAGAUUUGUCCUUCACUGAACGCCUGACAGCAACUAUUAUAAAUAAUAUACAGUUCCAUGUGAGGAAUGUCCACAUCCGAUAUGAGGACUCCACGUCACGUCCUGAUCAACCAUUCGCUGUUGGAGUGACUCUGAAACGUCUCUUUGCUGAGACGACUGAUGAAUCUUGGAAUCCGUCCACUGCUGAUGCCAACGCCACUGUAAUGCGCAAGCUGGCACAAAUGAAUGACUUGGCCGUGUAUUGGAACUCGGACUGCAAGCAGCUGAUGGGACGAGACCUAUCGUCCAAGGCCUGGAAAGAACAGAUGAGAAGCGCUGUGUCCAGCCACCAAAUAAACGGAGAGGACUUAAACUUUGUGGUUAGUCCCACCACCACCUCUGCGCAUCUCGCAUUCGACAAGUCCACGGCGCCAGACUACGUGUCACCCAUGCUCACACUAGAUGUCCUGACCGAGACGCUAAGCGUGGUCUUAUCUCGGCAGCAGUACCUGAACGUCUUGGACCUAGUGGAGUCUAUUAAGCUGAUGGGCGUCAAUCAACGCUACCGAAAGUUCAGACCUACAGUUCCUGCAUCAAGGAGUGCUAAAGAAUGGUGGAAGUAUGCGUACAACUGUAUCGUCCAGGAGCACAUCAGGCCAUGGUCAACAAGCAGCCUAGAGAAACACACCCAGCUGUAUCGAGAGUACAUGGAGAAGUACAAGGAGAAACACUUACUGGCUGAAAAUAAAGAUGACACCACGGCUAUCGACAAAGAGCUCGCCUCUAUGGAGGAGAGACUAGAUGUAACCAGCAUUGUGAUUGGUCGAGAAAAGGUUAAAGUUCAAUUAGCCAAAGGCGCCCCAGAGAGGGAGAGGAAGCGCAGGGAGAAAGCCGCCUCCGAGAAGAGCUGGUUCUGGGGCAUGCUGGGAUGGGAUUCAGACUCCGAGGAUGAAUUGGAAGACGACACAAAUGAAGAAGAUAUUUGGUCGCAACUGACGGAUGAGGAACAGAAUAAAGUGAAGAUGGGGAUUGGUUAUGAUGUGAAGGCAGUAGAGCAAUCGGGUGCUCUACCCCCUGAGUACAUCCAGAAUAAGUUCAACUUCCAACUGAACACCUGUUCCGUUGUGCUGAAGAACCGCGGGUCGACAGUCCUCCAGUCUUCAUUCCAUAACGUCCAGGCAGGAUUCCUUCAUCGACCAGGAUCACAAGGUUUCCAGUUGUUAAUGAGUACAGAUUCACUGCUAGUGGAGGGCCCCGCCAGAGUCAAUGAUCAGCUGGUAGCCGUCAUCACAACGGAGAAACUACGCACGGACACCAUCUCACAGAUCUUCACUCUGGACUUUGAGGUUAAUCCCCAACGGAUCUCAGCCGAUACCGCCGUGGCUGUAACCACUGAGCCAGUGGAUAUCACAUACCAUGAGAACACUGUGUCUGAGUUGAUGUCCUUCCUGACCGUACCAAACCUAGACGUUCAGGCCUUGAAGACGGUGGCCGCUACACAGCUCCAAGAGCUGGCCAAGGCUGGUAAAGCUGGACUCCUACAUGCUAUAGAGAACCACAAGACCAUCCAGAUUGACAUUGACAUGAAGUCACCAAACAUCAUCAUCCCAGAGUAUGGUGCCCAGGAUCAAGGAGGUCAUCUACUGGUCGUUGACCUCGGUAGCCUGAGGGUCAACAGUGACCUGCAGGGUAACCUACCAGAGGGUGUGACCAUCAACCCAGGGGAUGCUACACCUACUGAGAUCGAAGCUAGACUGUACGAUAAAUUUGUGGUCCGUCUGGAUGACAUCCAGGUUCUUCUCGUUCAUUCAGGUGAUGACUGGCGGGAAGCGAUAACCUUGAAGGAGUCUGACUACCAUCUGAUUCCCAGUAUGGGAUUACAGCUCAAUGUCUUCAACAGUGUCAAGCCUGACUUCAAGGCCCUGCCUCAGCAGAAGAUUGAGGCCGUCCUGCCGUCCCUCAAGCUGAAAGUCUCAGAGAAGAAGCUACACACAAUACUCAAGUUUGCUCAUAACCUCCCUCUACCGAGUAGUAAAGUAACGGAAACUGGUCCCCCACGUGGCUUCUCCCUGGAAAUGGAUACCAGACACAUCAAGACAGAGACCACCAUGUUUGUUCUGAGGAAACUGAAGAAGGCUGUGUUCAGGCAGGGACUGCGUAGAGCCAUGAGUAGUACUGAGGACCAGGCUGACUCAGCUCCACCGGCUACUACCGUAGAGAUUGCUGAUGAUGACUCCAGCCUUCCAGAUAGUGAUGAUUUCUACUCAGCCUCUGACCAUUCCGAUACCACCCUUCAGCAAUGGUCCACUGAGAGCCCGGUACCCAGUUUUGAUGACAACGACUCACAUUCCAACAGGACCAGCGUCCUGAUCAGAUUUGCCAUUAGAGAGAUGGUCUUGUCAGUGUCUAAGACAGACAGGAACAGCCCAAUUCCCAAUCCUCUUGAAGCCUCUUCCCCUGAGACGCAAGACACCAGCGACACCGAGUACCUGACGCUAAGAAUUGAUUCCAUGUGUACUGACGUGGCUAUUAGUACUUACGGUGUGGCCGUACAGCUGGGGCUUCGAGGGAUCCGUAUUAUUGAUAAAUUCCAUGUGGGUCAUGACGGGACGUACUUACAUCUCUUGAGCUCUGCAUCUAAAUCAGACCUGGUUUCCAUCCUAUACAGAAAGGUUGACAUUAAAUGUCCAGAUUUUGUGGCGUACUACAACGCCAUGGAGCAGGCAGUAGUCGCUAAGCUGACUGCUCUGAAUGUGGUGUUCCAUCGGACGGCUGCCCUGGUCCUCAAAGGAUUCAUAGAAGAGCUAGUAGAUAGCUUCAUGAACUCUGACCUUGGCAGACCAACUACGACUCAACUGGAUGGUACUACUGUAGACUCAAGUCACAUUCCACAAACCGGCCCAUCUGAGGCUCCUGCUGACUCACAACGUCCUAAAUCUGCUGUUUUGUUCCCAGCGAGUCCAGCUCCUAAAUCUCCAGAGCCGAGAGGUACGACCAAGUUCUUUGGGUUGGCCAAGCUGGACUACCUGUGCCUGUCAUUCUGUGAUGUGUCAGACCUCUUAGCCAACGUGUUCGUCCGAGACCUUGAGGUGUCCGUCAAUGAUAGACACAGCAGGACCACGCUGAGGGCAAGAUUGCGAGAUUUCUCUAUCGAGGAUCCUGUAGACAGCAGUGUGUAUUCCAAGAUCCUCUGUCUUCAAGACCAGACUGCCUUUGAUGUCAAGUUUGGAAUUUUCAAGAGGGUUCCAGAGACCAAACGCAAGAGCCCGCCUAAAGCUGCCAGCAGCUUCUCCGAGUCGGAUGGAGUGACGUCGUCCCCAACAGGUCCUUCUUCCAGACAUGUUCCGGCACCAGACCCAGUACACAUUGACUACAGUGUACGAUUCAGAGGAGGCCGAAUCCAGGCAGUCCUCAUGGGGCAGUUCAUUAAGAAUGUAACAACUUUCUUUGAGCCGUUUAUUAAUCAGGAAGGCAUUAUUCAAGCAAGAGAAACUUCAAGAGUUGCAGUGCAGAAAAAGAUGCAAGACCUCAGUGAGGACGGCAUUAAGAUCAGUUGGUACAUCAACAUCCGAGCCCCGGUCAUCUUCAUUCCUCAGACCCCUCAAUCAACGAGCUGCCUCGUCGCUCACCUCGGUGACUUAAUGCUGAGUAAUCACUAUGAGGAGAUCGAUGUGGACGGUGCAGACUCAAAGGGACUCAUUGAUCACAUGUCAUUACAACUCAACUCUAUUGAGUUAUCAAGAGGGAUUGUCCAACCGAACCAAACGUUAGGAACCCACCGUCUGUUGAUAGAGCCAAUGAGUUUACGUAUGAACCUCAAGCAGGCUGUACCUCCUCACCACGAGUCUACGAUACCCAUGGACAUUAGCGUUAUACUCGAACACAUUGAGGUGAAUAUCGGAGAGCAAGACCUGAUGUUGAUUCUGGCCGUCAUCAAUGAUAACUUGCUGUACAGUCAGUCAGAUCAGGCUGAAGAAGAAUCAGGGAUCGCUAUUGCUGAGGUCCACUCUCCACUCCCACCAGGAACUAAGAUGUUCUUUGAUGACCCCAUGACCCCAACGCCGGGCAAGAGUACUACGGUAGUAGAUGCAACCAGGAAAGUGUCCGUCCAUGCUGAGUUUGUACUACACGGGGUUCAUAUAACGCUGUUCACUAGCGAGCCACGGCUGCCAAUGGGAGGUCAGGGAUUAGACCAACGUGAUCUACGCUUCGGUCUGUCCAGUUUCCAGCUACAGGAGGUGAAAGCGUCGGCAUCCAUGUUCACCGGCGGGUCGGUGGAGGUACGAGCCUCAAUGCUGAGCGUCACACUGGAUGACAUCAGACCCAAGAGCCCUCUUGCUAUUAAAAGUAUGCUUCUGAAGUCUGGAAGGAAAGGAAACAAGAGGCCAAGCAAUGGAGAUGCACAGCAGUCCCCAAUGAUCUCCAUCACGUACUCUCGCAAUGAACUCAGCGACCAACAAGUGGAAUUCACCAUUGAUGGUGUGAGAAUCAACAUCUUUGUACAUUACCUUCUGGCCGUCCAGCAUUUCUUCAGUAGUGCCAGGGCUAAGCCUAGGAUCAUGUCACCAACAAGCUCCUUCCCAGGGGCCACCGCCAGAGAGGCAUCAAGGUCUGCAAGUGUACCAGGUCAAAGUUCAACACCCCCAGAGCUCAGGAAGGGUACACUAAGGGUCACAGGUUAUAUCAGGAAGCCCGAGGUCGUAUUGUUUGAUGACCCCACCAGUGAGAACAGCCAGGUGUUGGUAAUGAAGCUUGGUGCUUCGUUGGCCUACCAUGCAGACAUAGCUGAAGAGAAUGCUGUAGCUAAUAUUACUGAUAUUGAGAUCUACUCGGGUGUGUACUCCCGCCUCCUACAGACAGCAUACAGGGUAUUGGAUCCUUGUGCAUUGACAUUUACAAGAUCAGUGAGUGCUACCAGAGAGGAAGCGAUGGCAGUAGACAUGACGGAUGUCAAGCUUCAUGUCUCACCAAGGAUUGUUUACAUUCUACAUGGAGUCAUUGAGGCACUCAACUCUGUCCGACAGAAGCCCACAGCAAGUCGUCAUCUGAUAGACUACGAGCCAGAGGACAUGUGGACACCUAAACCAAUCUUCUCCCAUGGCUUCCACAAACGAAAAGGUAGCAUGAAGAACAUGGUGGACUUUGCCCCCGCACCAGACCCGUCCAGCGCCCAGCAGAAGCUGAUUAUCCAGUUGCCUAGAGUCCAGAUCAUGUUGGAGCUAGAGGAGAUCAAGGAACAUGUAGCCAUGCUGUGUGUACGCAGUGGACUCCAGGCUACCGUAUGCGACUGGAACCAAAGUCUGAAGGUAACGUCAGAGGUUUCUCUAGAGGUUCUUGUCUACAAUGAGAAAGUCAGCUUGUGGGAACCUCUAGUUGAGCCAGUCAUGGAGCAGGAGAAAGUCUACAGGCCCUGGGAACUCAUGGUCAAGGUGACCAGAGCAGAGGGCCACCCAAUCAUCUGCACCAGCCUGUAUGACACCAACCCCUGCAGUCAACGGGACAGUAUUGAUGGGGCGCUACCCCUGAUCAAACCGUUCGGGGCGUACCCGGCCACCGAGAGUGACACAGAGAGUGACUCUCAGGAUGAGAAUGAGCUGGAAUGGGACGGACAUUACAGCAGCAGCUUCCUAAGUAGUGACAUCGGCAGUCCGAUGGAAGGCGAGAAACAAUUUCAGUCAGAGACCAAAUCAGAAGAGGAAGAUAUCGACGAGAGCGACUCGGAGGGAUUCUUUGAUAAAGCCAAGGAUUUCUUCCACGACAUCUUCUCCAGCGACACCGACGAGGAGGAGGAAGGUGCCAAGAAAGACAACGACCUCAGGAGAAACUCUUCCCUGGAGGGAGGGAGGACAGAUAGUGGAAUAGCCUCCUUGGCUCGGCCGACUGCAGCUUCUUCGGUAGCAGGCAGUAGCAAUGCAAGCAGAGAUGAAACAGACUCGGACCUGACCUCUCUAGAACCUGAAUCUCAAGCCACUUACGUCAUCAUCAACUCAGUAGACCGUAUGGAGAUCUCUGCUACCCCGGUCACCAUCAGCGUCCUGACUGACCUCACCGGAGCCUUCACCACCAAGCCAGAGCCUAAGAUAAGACUCAUGGCGCAGGAGAUGUCCGACUUGAAGAUUAUCAACACCACAGGACUCAAGGCAAAGAUGCUCAUACCAGCUGAGCUCAUAAGCUCUACAGAUGCUGUUGGAGUUACCCUAGAACCUGUCGGUGAAGACCAACCUGAUCAUUCUGGAGGGGCAAUCGGGACAUUGGACGAGAGUGAUGAUCCCUUUGAGCUCCUAGCGAAGUCAAUCAAACCUUCUAGAUACAGCGAUAUGCCUGAAGCCACAACGACACCAGUCAGUACGGAUACCACCGACGGACCACCUACACCCAAACUCAAAGACUCCAAAAUAGGACAGUUCAUCUUUGAGGUGGAGGGCAUGACGCCUAUAACCCAUUUUGCUGCUUCUAAGGUUGCUCAAACACCAUUUCUCUUAUCACCUUUACAGGGCGGACAAAAGUAUACUGUCGUACGGGAAGUCGAUAUUUCCCACGGCAGAAAAUCUAUUAAAGUGCGCUCACCGAUACAGAUUGUUAACAAUUGUCCAGUGACAAUGCAGUUGUACUACAAAUCCCUAGACCUGCAGGCCCUGAGAGGUCCUGCCAUACCCGGCCAGGGCCAUGAGGAGUACGUCUCCAUGGGUAGUGUAGCUCCUAAGGAGACGUUUGAUGUCCCGGUGGUGGUCACGUACAACGCUGGAAUCUACGCAUGCCCGGCUGAUCAAGGUUAUAGCAUCAGUGAAAAACCAAUCAAGUGGCAGGAGCUCAUGUCCCCAACCGAGCUUACUGUCAGAUGCAUGUCAAAACAGAAAGGAGAGCUGCCGUUCCACUUCAAGGUUAUACGCAAGGAGCUUCAGCCAGCCAGUGGGCUCAAACCCUCGUCCGAUGACGUGCCUUCCUACAUUCUUGACCUCUUCCCUCCAAUCACCAUACACAACUACCUCCCAUAUGACGUUGUCUACUCUAUGAAGGAGAACGGUCUGAAGUUUCUGUUGAAGGGUGACAAGAUGCCCAUCUAUUCCACUGACCUCAGCGAAGCACAGAAGAUGAAAAUGCAGGUCAAGAACUACCUAGCAGCCAACUGGGAGGGAAAACUCCUCGUCUCCAGGGAGAUGAAAGCCCAUGAAUCCAUCGCCAUGGAGACCAAAGAUGUUGAAGGGGAUCAGAAGAAGUACCUGACCCUGUGGGCACACAGCACGACAGACGGCGGAACCUGGGACAUCUUUCUGUAUUCACCGUACUGGAUUGUCAACAAAUCAGAACUGCCUGUUGAGAUCAGGGCGUCUCGAUCCAGGAAAGUGUACAACAAUCAUUCACUGAGUGAGCCAAUCCUCUUCAGCUUCACCAACACCAAGAGGAAAAAGGCCAAGCUGAGAGUCUUUGAUUCCGUGUGGUCGUCCUCAUUCUCAUUGGAUACUGUAGGAAGCUCUGGAGUCGUCAUAUGCAAAGAUGAAGACCACGAUCGAACUUACCAGUUUUGGUUGGAGAUCUCUUUGUCUAAGCUGACCCUGACCAAGAUCAUCACGUUGACGCCCUACUUCCUGAUCAGGAAUAAAACUGAUCAAGUCCUGUCCUACAUGGAGGAAGGAGUCAGGGCCGGUAUCUGGGUUAACAUCAAACAAGCCGAGGUCUUGCCGUUUUGGCCCGGUAGCGAGACUAUGAAGUUGAUAUGUAAGAAAGCUGAGACACCAGACCAACUAUCAUCUCGACAUUUCAACAUUGACAGCACUCACUCAACUGUGCUCAGAAUGGAACGAGGGACUGCUUUAACUGUUGAAGCCGAGGGUGGUGUGAGGGGACCCACCACAGUGACCUUCAUGCCUUACUCCAUGGGUCAUGCUCCAGUCAGACUAGACAAUCUAUGUGACGACAUCAAUCUACGAUUCAAUCAAAAGAACAUCGGCGGUAGACUACUCCUGCAACCUCACAAGACGAUGCUGUUGACCUGGGAUGACCCCACAGCAGAAAGAAUCUUCCUGUGGAAUCUCUACAAUAGAAACAAGAAGUCGUUUGAGUGUGUCAUUGAUAGGGAUGGAUGGGGCAAAGUUACAAUUAGUGUGGAUAGUAUCAAGCGUAGCAUGAUGCCAGGAGAUGGUCUGUACGUAGAAGGUGAUGAUGCCAGCGUCUACAGCUCAGAUGAAGAAGAUGCAGUGGACAGCAUCAUGGAGCAUCCAUUGAUGCACAAGAAGGAGAAGACAACCAUCUUCUGGGUGUCUUACAUGGACGGUCUACAGAGGGUCCUUAUGUUCACCCAGAGUCCAAGGAUAGCUAGAGCUGCAUCUCAGGCUAACAUCUCAGAGCUCGCCAGCCUAGAGCUCUUCGUCUCCCUGGAGGGUGUGGGUCUCUCUCUAAUCAACACCCAGUACGAGGAGGUAGCGUACGUCAGUCUGUACUGCCGUCCGGCCAAGUGGGAGGUGGAGACCAAGCCAGACAGGUGGAAAUCUCUCAACAUGGAGCUCUCCUCUAUCUUAGAAGAUAAACACAGGAUCGGACAGAGUAUAGUCACCAUCGAGGAGUCUGUUGAGGCUGAUUUAGUCAACAAGACCAUCAGUAAGCCAGUAGAGGGACGUCUACGCCGUCUGUUCAACCCAGCCCUAUGGGUUCAUUACAGGCAGUCCGAUCAUCACACAGGUCUUCAUGUCAAAGUCCAGAAAGUACAAAUUGACAACCAGCUGUUUGAUGCGUACUUCCCGACCGUUCUAAACGUUCUUCCCAUCCCAAAAGAUAUUCUCAAGAAGACUGGGCCUCGACCAUUCAUUGAGAUGUCAUUCCUUCGACGUCAGGUACCAGAGAAUGAUGUUGACACUGUCAAAUAUUUCAAGGUGCUCGUUCAAGAGGCAAGUGUGAAGAUCGACAAUGGAUUCUUGCUGUCAGUUCUGGAUAUCGUGACUGGAGUACAAGAGGAAGUGGAUGAGGUUGUAUCAUUGAAAGCUGAUCUAGCCUACAUUGAACGGUCACUGCGUGCAUCAUCAUCAGUGGUUGCUGACGGUAAAUCACCGAUGUACUUUGAAUAUUUCCACCUGUCACCACUCAAAAUCCGAGUGAGUCUAUCGCUGAGUGGAGAACCCCACGUUACUGACAGACCAACCAGCUUCAAAAAAGACUUGGUACGCUUCUUUGUGGAGUCAGUGGGAUCAACUCUUACAGAGGUCACUGAGGUUGAAUUAAAACUCGCCUUCUUUGAGAGAACCAACACCCUGUUGACCUCUGACCAGCUUCUUGAGGACGUCAAAGGUCAUUAUAUAUCCCAGGGUAUCAAGCAGGCAUAUGUCUUCAUCAUGGGUCUGGAUGUCUUGGGCAAUCCUUAUGGACUCUUCAGAGAUGUGAAGGAGGGCAUCAGUGACUUCUUCUAUGAGCCUUAUCUGGGUGCCAUACAGGGACCAGGGGAGUUUGCUGAGGGGCUGGCUAGGGGAGUACAGAGCCUUCUAGGGCACACUGUGGGUGGUGUUGCUGAUACCCUGGCUGGAUUCUCAGGCACUCUGGGCAGAGCCCUUGCUGCCUUAUCAUUUGAUGAUGACUAUCAGAGGAGGAGAUUACAGCGAAUGCAGCGUCAUCCAGACAGCCUACCGAGGUCCUUCCUGUAUGCAGGCCAAGGAUUUGUCAUGGGUAUUGUGAUGGGUCUCUCCGGUGUGUUUACGAGCCCAAUCAAGGGUGCUCAUGAAGGGGGCUUGAAGGGGUUCUUCAAGGGUAUCGGCAAGGGUCUACUGGGUAUCAUCACUAAGCCCACUGGUGGUGUAGUGGACGGGGUGACUGUCAUCCUAGAUGGGAUCGAGAGGGCUACUGAGAUGGGAGAGAACAUCGUCAUCAGGAUGCGGAUUCCAAGGUUUAUCGACCCUAAUGUGGGCUUGGAGCCUUAUUCUUUGUACGAAGCUAAAGGGAAUUCCAUUCUGCAUAAGAUUCGUCGUAGUGACUUGUAUGAGACAGACAUCUAUUUCUUUCAUGCUGUGGUGACUUCAGACAGUACACCGGAUGUAGUUCUACUCACAAACAAGAGAAUUUUAGUGUUAGAGAGAUGUCGAUGGUGGGGAGGAUGGGACUUGGAACAGUGUGAUGCUUUCAAUCUCGUCAUUGGAGACCCUACCCUCGGACAAGACAAGAUUCUCUACAAAAUACAGGACGGAUCAUCAGUCAUCGAUCGAGAGAUCAAGUGUGAUGAUGAAGAGACUUGCCAGUGGGUUAUGAAUCGAUUCGAGGAAGCUCUUUCUCUGGCUAGCCUGGGCAGCCCCGCAGCGGACUCGUUCCUCUCAGCAAUGAAUCAGUGAUCCCAACAACCAGGCUAGAGCAACCUAGUCCUGAUGGAGAAGUGAUGCUAGCAGUAGAAUGUACAGGUAGCCCUGUGUAAAUGGACGAGGCAGGAUGUUUCUGUAAUGGACCCCUCGCAGUCAGUUAAGCCAUUCAGCAGAUCUUCUUUGUCCGGUAAAGUUUGUAAGUUAAGUUUUAUUUUGUUGUCCACAGUAUCAGAUGCAGUCAGUGACGAAACUUUGGAUUCAGAAGAAAAAAAAUAGGCAUGGGUAGGGAAAUUGUUGUCAAAAGUUACUUGAGUGUCACGAUAAAGAUGGGUAUGACACAGCAGUACAUUUAGGAAAUGUUGCUUUCAUUCAGAAGUGGUCGCACAGUAUGGCAAACACUUGAUGACAUGUAAUGCCUGCUACGAUAUUCCAAAUGGCAAGUAUCAACGUUUAAGCGUGGGUGGGUUAUCUAAAGACCAUUGAGGGUUGAUUUGGAACUUACACCUGCAGCGAGAUUAGGGCUACAGGUGAUGGUGCAAGUUUAUGGUAAACAAAAGGACAAAGAAAGUAAAACUGAAGACAACUAAUUUCAAGAACAGAGAAGGGCUGGAGCUGUUACCGGGAUCCGCUCUAGCAGCACUCGCUCAUGUAAACAUGGUAAAGAAAUAUAUAAUAGAGUACAUAUACAUGUAGUAUGGAGUUGGUGGACAAACUGUGGAUGGUACUGCACAUACGCAUAUCAAAUACACAAUGACCCUUCCUUGUUCACGUCCACCAAAUGUACAGAAAUAGAUUGUUUUGAUGGUAUACAUGUAGACUUUGUCUUAAUGGCAUCCUGGGCUGUGGUUGCUUACUACGGUUAUUAUGAAAAGUCAUUGUUUCAUACACUACAGUAUAAAUACCAGGCAGACUUGUCUGAGGUCGACUCUUGACCUGUGUAUAAAGUUUCAUGCAUGCUACUUUGUAAGUCACGUUUAAUAUUUGAGAUGAAAGUAGGACAACGAUAUAAGAUAUGUGUAGAGUUAAAAAGGGUUGGGUCCCAACUGUUUAGAAUGAGCUGAGAGAAAACAGUGGAGAUGUAAUAUUGAUGGAUUGAGUUAACGCAAGGGUUUGUCAAAUAUUUGUGUUGAUAAUACCCAGUAUGUUUUAAUUGUUAGGGCAUUUGUAAUCGAUAUGUAUUCACUAAAGCCCAUCUUAUCCAACGCUGCAAGCCAGCCAUACAUUUAUGUGGCUUGUGAAUAGUACAAUACGGCCAACUGCUUGUACAAUCUGGGCCCAAUUUCAUAGAGCUGCUAACCACCAAAAUUUGCUUAGCAUGAAAUUUCUUC